CAUCAUGAAGCUGCUCGCUGUGAUCCUCGGAGUUUGCUCCGUUCUCAGCCUGACCCAAGCCCUCCCAGUCAACGUCACAUUCACCGUGGACACCGGAGACUCCGGCAUUCAAAUCAGAGGCCUCUGCAACUUAACGAACCAAUACUGCCCUCACACAUUAGGAUCGUUCUGCCCUCAAUGUGCCGCUGACGGGAACUUCCUUCCAAGGCAGUGUUCUGGCUCCACCGGGUACUGCUGGUGCGUGAACGUCAUCACCGGAGAAAUGAUCCCCAACUCCAGGGUUCCACCAGGACACCCGCCUCCAAUCUGUGCCCUCCCAGUCAACCCCACCGACACAGUGUACUACGGAGAAUCCAUGCCGGUCUACUCCAGCGUUCAAAUCAGAGGCCUCUGCAACCUCAUAAGUCAAGAAUGCAUUCUCAUAAUGGGAGCACAGUGCCCUCAAUGUGCCGCUGACGGGAACUUCCUUCCAAGGCAGUGUUCUGGCUCCACCGGGUACUGCUGGUGCGUAAACGUCACCACCGGAGAAAUGAUCCCCAACUCCAGGGUUCCACCAGGACACACGCCUCCAAAAUGUGCCCUCCCAGUCAACCCCACCGACACCGUGGACAACGGAGGCUCCAUGCUGGUCGACUCCGGCGAUCACAUCAGAGGCCUCUGCGACUUCAAAAGGCAAAACUGCAUUCCCGUAAUCGGAGCACAGUGCCCUCAAUGUGCCGCUGACGGGAACUUCCUUCCAGAGCAGUGUUCUGGCUCCACCGGGUACUGCUGGUGCGUGAACGUCAUCACCGGAGCAAUGAUCCCCAACUCCAUGGUUCCACCAGGACACACGCCUCCAAAAUGUGGCUCAUCCAGUGAAGAAAGUUCAGAUUCGUCAAGCUCAGAAGAGACCAAAGAACAGAAGGACUCUGAUUCAUCAAGCUCUGAAGAGACCAAAGAAGAGAAGGACUCUGAUUCAUCAAGCUCUGACGAAUCCAAGAAGCACAAGGAUGAAUCUGAUUCAGAAGAGACCAAAGAAGAGAAGGACUCUGAUUCAUCAAACUCUGACGAAUCGAAGAAGCCUCAUGACAAAGAAGAGAAGGACUCUGAUUCAUCAAGCUCAGAAGAGACCAAAGAAGAGAAGGACUCUGAUUCAUCAAGCUCUGAUGAAUCCAAGAAGCAUCAUGACAAAGAAGAGAAGGACUCUGAUUCAUCAAGCUCAGAAGAGACCAAAGAAGAGAAAGACUCUGAUUCAUCAAGCUCUGAUGAGACCAAAGAAGAGAAGGACUCUGAUUCAUCAAGCUCUGAUGAAUCCAAGAAGCAUCACGACAAAGAAGAGAAGGACUCUGAUUCAUCAAGCUCAGAAGAGACCAAAGAAGAGAAGGACUGUGAUUCAUCAAGCUCUGACGAAUCCACGAAGCAGGAUGAAGAAUCUUCAACUUCAGAAGAGACUAAAAAAGAUCAAAAUUCGGAUUCAUCAAGCUCUGACAAGAGUCACGAUGAUUCUAAAUCUUCAAGUUCAGAAGAGGAUUCCGGCUGCCCCGAUGACUGGACACGCUUCGGCCAGCAGUGCUUCAUCUUCAUCAACAGCCCAAAGACGUGGGCCGAAGCUGAGGCAUACUGUCAGUUCGACGGAUCCAACUUGGCGUCGAUCCACAGUUAUGAGGAGAACCACUUCCUCCAGUCUCUGACCAGAGCAGACACCCAUAACUUCCCCCAGGCCUGGAUCGGAGGAACCGACACCAUGCAUUUUGGUUUGUGGACGUGGUCCGACGGUUCAAGGUUCCUCUACGAAAACUGGAGCUAUAAGGGCAAAGAUGGAGACGCUGACCGCUGCCUGAAGAUCAACUACCAUUACGAGUUGAAGUGGACGGCUGCUCGCUGCUCCGAGUCCCUCCCUUUUGUUUGUUCCAAGAACGCCGAAAAGGAGAACGAGGCAUAACUCCACCGAAAAAGUAUCCUCGCCACCAACAACCCUGUGAACCUUUGGCUGUUCCAAUACUUUUACUUCAUUACUAUGGAAUCCCAAAGAAAGGGGAGCGUGUCCUUUCCAGCAGAAUGGAGUUUUUCUGAGGAUUGUACCACAUAGACGUGUAGAAAUGGUCAUUGAAACCUAAUAAAAAACCUGCAUGAAAACCUG